GAGGCCGCUUGGAUGAGGGGAUUGGUGCCACAGUCCGCUUCGCCGACUAACGGGAUCUGGAGAGACUUUUGUUUUCCUAAUCGGCAAAAACUAACUAUACAUAGACACAUUAUCUGAGCAUUUGUUCACAUCUUUGGCUAUACAUCUGAGCGCGAUUUGUGGCAGCAAAAAAGGGCUGCAACCUGGAUAUUUGACUGGUGCCUACACAAUACUUGGUAUUGAAAUGUUUCCUUUAAUUUAUAAACAAGUAUCGGAAAUUUCAUACUGGCUUUAAAUACAGUUGAGAAAACUGGCUGGGCGAGUCGAAUGGUAAAAAGUAAUUGUGAUUCAUUAUUUAAAAUAUUUAUUUAUAUUUAAGCCGAGCUGCUCAUCUUGCUGCCGCUAUUUUAAACACAAGCGAGGAGGAAUUAACGCGACGCUUUUGUCGGGGAUUCCGCAACAAGAGAUUUCUUCGGAUGUGUACAGAUCUCAGAGAUUCAGAUGCUUAAAUCAUGGGAAUGAAAAAUCCAUGACAACUGGGAUCGAAACCUGCUUGAAGAGCGAUGCCCAUAGAGCCGCUUCUGAUUUAAACCGCACCUGGAAACUCACCCCGUGUGCUCGACUUUCCGUAUUAUCCCCCACUUAUUCCGAGCUGCACUUUGUGUCCAGUAUCGAUCAUGCGAUGACUGAGCUCGAUUUGGGAAUAUCUGCGGUGACAAUAACAGGAGGUGAAUGAUGGCCGAAGAUGGAGGAAAUCCGUCUGAGGACCGUAUGGUGAGGGAGGCUGAGGGCAGGUCUUCCCUCCCCAGGACCUUUAUCCGACUCAACGACCUGUCCGGCAGCGGGGAGCGCAGCGAGGUGGAGGCUGUUGGACCCGGGACGAAGGAGAGCGGAGCCGCAGCGGAGGAGGCAUCUGCCAGCGGCGGGGAACCGUUACCCUACCCGUCUUUGGCACCAGUGGUGUUUUUCUACCUGAAACAAAGCACUCGGCCGCGGAGCUGGUGUCUGAAAUUGGUCUGCAACCCGUGGUUCGAGCGUGCCAGCAUGCUCGUGAUUCUGCUGAACUGCGUCACCCUUGGGAUGUUCCACCCUUGUGAAGACAGCAAGUGUGAUUCAGAGCGCUGCAACAUCUUGCAGGCUUUUGAUGACUUCAUCUUUGCAUUCUUCGCUGUGGAAAUGGUGAUCAAAAUGGUAGCUCUGGGUAUCUUUGGGAAGAAGUGUUACCUUGGAGACACGUGGAACCGGUUGGACUUCUUCAUUGUACUGGCUGGCAUGCUGGAGUACUCCCUCAACCUUCAGAACGUCAGCUUCUCCGCCGUCCGCACUGUCAGGGUACUUCGGCCCCUCCGAGCCAUCAACCGGGUGCCCAGCAUGCGGAUCCUCGUGACGUUGCUGCUGGACACUCUGCCCAUGCUCGGCAACGUUCUGCUCCUUUGUUUCUUCGUCUUCUUCAUCUUCGGCAUUGUGGGGGUGCAGCUGUGGGCCGGGCUGCUACGGAACCGCUGCUUCCUCCCAGAGAACUUCACCCUCCCCUUGUCUCUGGACCUGUACAGCUACUACCACACGGAGAACGACGACGAGAACCCAUUCAUCUGCUCGCAGCCGCGUGAGAAUGGCAUGCGCCUGUGCAGCUCGGUGCCCACACUGCACGAGGAGGGUGUGCAGUGCCAGCUGGACCACACGGCCUACAACAACACCGACAACACCACCUGUGUUAACUGGAACCGCUACUACACUAACUGCUCCGCCGGCGACGUUAACCCAUUCAAGGGCGCUAUCAACUUUGACAACAUCGGCUAUGCCUGGAUCGCCAUCUUUCAGGUGAUCACUCUGGAGGGAUGGGUUGAUAUUAUGUACUUUGUGAUGGAUGCACACUCCUUCUACAAUUUUAUCUACUUCAUCCUCCUGAUCAUAGUGGGCUCCUUCUUCAUGAUAAACCUGUGCCUGGUCGUCAUUGCCACUCAAUUCUCAGAGACCAAGCAGCGGGAGAGCCAGCUGAUGAAGGAGCAGCGCGUUCGCUUCAUGUCCAACGCCAGCACCUUGGCUAGCUUCUCAGAGCCGGGCAGCUGCUACGACGAGCUGCUCAAGUACCUAGUCCACGUGGUGAGAAAGGGCAGCCGGCAGCUGGCCCAUCUCUCCCGGGCAGCCGCACGCCGGGCCGGGCUACGGGUCUGCACCUCCCCCGUCCCGGAGCCUCCCCAGCACAAAAGAAGCCGUCGCACAAGGCAACCGGGCUCCAUUCACCACCUGGUGCACCACCACCACCACCAUCAUCACCACUACCACUUGGGCAAUGGCAGCGUUAGGGCUGACAGAGCCAGCCUGGAGCCCCGGGAUGUGGAGAGCGGAUCUGUGACCAAUGGCAGCAGGCGCCUUGCCUCACCGGGCCCCCUGCCCCUGCUUCCCAGCUCAACCCUUUCCACCUCCGCCACAACUGCCCCUCCCAUGGCCGGCAGUGCUGGUUCAGUUCACAGUAUCUACCACGCCGACUGUCACCUCGAACCCGUACUCUGUUCAGUGUCCUCUACUGCCCCAGCUACUAACCCUGCGCUGCAUGGCUUCAAGAGGAACUCUGUGCCUGGAGCCAUGCCAGUAGCUCCAAAAAACUAUCCUACCCUGUACCCCUCCUCUCCUCAGGAGCAUCUAAGGGAGAUGAUGCCCGUCGAUGCUAUGACCAGUAGCUGUGGUGCCUUCACAGUUACCAACCUCAACAUCCCACCUCCAUCUGUAAACAGUACACAGUGUCUCAUAGAGGCACACAGUCCCAUAGGAAGGGUCUCCUGCAAGCUGGCUACAGCUAACUGCGGCAUCAGCCAGGACACCAAUCUGACCUUUGACCCCGAGAGCUGCCCUUACUGCCUAAAAUCCACAAGUCUGGACUCAGAAGGCACAGAUGGGAAUGAGACCGCCGACUCGGACAGCGAAGGCAUAUAUGAGUUCACUCAAGACAUGCAUUAUCGUGAUCGCCGGGACCCUAACCAGAAAGGGGGGUCUACCAGAGUGAAGUUAGGUCUACGGGCAAGAAAAGUGCUACUUUUCUGGAGACUCGUGUGUGAGACUUUCCGCAAAAUUGUGGACAGCAAAUACUUCGGCCGGGGCAUCAUGAUCGCCAUCCUCAUCAACACGCUCAGCAUGGGCAUCGAGUACCACGAGCAGCCUGACGAGCUGACCAAUGCCCUGGAGAUCAGCAACAUUGUCUUCACCAGCCUCUUUGCUCUGGAGAUGCUUCUGAAGGUCCUGGUGUAUGGACCCUUUGGCUACAUUAAGAAUCCUUACAAUAUCUUUGACGGAAUCAUCGUGGUGAUCAGCGUGUGGGAGAUAGUCGGCCAGCAGGGCGGCGGUCUGUCGGUGCUGCGGACCUUCCGGCUGAUGCGCGUGCUGAAGCUGGUGCGUUUCAUGCCGGCUCUGCAGAGACAGCUAGUGGUGUUGAUGAAGACCAUGGACAAUGUAGCCACCUUUUGCAUGCUCCUCAUGCUCUUCAUCUUCAUCUUCAGUAUAUUGGGGAUGCACCUUUUUGGCUGCAAGUUCGGCUCUGAGCGGGAUGGGGACACUUUGCCUGACCGCAAGAACUUUGAUUCGCUUCUUUGGGCCAUUGUCACCGUUUUCCAGAUCCUGACUCAGGAAGACUGGAACAAAGUGCUGUACAACGGCAUGGCCUCCACCUCCCCGUGGGCAGCGUUGUAUUUCAUCGCCCUCAUGACUUUUGGCAACUACGUUCUAUUCAACCUGCUGGUGGCUAUUCUGGUCGAGGGCUUCCAGACAGAGGAAAUGUCCAAGAGGGAGGACAUUCUGGGCCGGCUGAGCUGUAUUCAGCUGCCUGUAGACUCGGGGAAAGGUAAAGUGGGAGUAAGGACACAGGUAACUAAGGCUUGUCCAGACAGCCAUCUGUCCACUACAGACCAGGGGAAUGAGAAGGGCCCAUGGCACAGGGAUGGGCAUACUGGCGAUGCCUCCAAGUCGGACUCGGAAGUCGAUAUCUACGCUCGGAGCAUGGAGGACGUCUGGGGUCUCAAGAAAGAUGGGUCAUCCUCCGCAGCAGUGGUGCCCAUUAAUGGCCAUGUGGACAUGAGGAACAGCCUGACCCCACCCCUCAUCACUCACACCGCUGCCACGCCCAUGCCGGUACCAAAGAUCUCCGGAACUGGCGACCCUGCGCUGAGCUAUGAGUCACGCAGAGGUAGCAACGUCUCUGUAGAGCCGGGCUGCCAUGAUGCCAAGUCUCCGUCGAGCGCACGCAGCUCCCCAUAUGCGCCUUGGAGCUCAGCCAGUAGCUGGAACAGCCGGCGUUCUAGCUGGAACAGCCUGGGCCGGGCCCCAAGUCUCAAGAGGCAGAAGCGGCAAUCCGGAGAACGCCGCUCGCUGCUGUCAGGGGACGGCCAGUCCAGCUCGGACGAGGAGGGGGGAGGCGCGGGCACCUCGGAGGGCGACGAGGUCUCCCUGUCCCGCGCUGACUCCUUACCCCGGCCGCGCCACCGGCGCAUGGAAUCCGUCGAGACCAAGAGCUCCUUCGACCUGCCCCCCGACACCUUGCAGGUGCCCUCCUACCUUUACCGCACAGCCAGCGUGCACAGCGCCCGACCUCCUAACCUGGGCAUAGACUGCAAUGGCAAGAGCUCCCCCAGCACCACCCUGCCCCCCCAGCUGUCCCUGGACGACCCGCACAGUGAGGAUGACAAUGGGGAUGAAGAGGUUAACAUGGGUCGCAAGGAUCGGCUGUUCCGGUGGUUUGAGAGGAGGCAGCCAGAGUGGUGUCGGCAGAGAAGUACUUGGUCCCUCUACCUGUUCCCACCUCAGUCCAGGUUCCGUGUGACGUGCAACAAGAUCAUCACUCACAAGAUGUUCGACCAUAUCGUCCUGGUGAUCAUCUUCCUCAACUGCAUCACGAUUGCCAUGGAGCGACCCAGGAUCGACCCCCACAGUGCGGAACGCAUCUUCCUGACGCUGUCCAACUACAUCUUCACUGCCAUCUUCGUGGCCGAGAUGACGGUAAAGGUGGCAGCACUCGGUUGGUGCUUUGGGGAGCAGGCCUACCUGAAGAGCAGCUGGAACGUCCUGGACGGCAUGCUAGUGAUGAUCUCAGUCAUCGAUAUCCUCGUCAGCUUGAUCUCCAACAGUGGAACCAAGAUCCUGGGCAUGUUGCGAGUUCUACGGCUGCUAAGGACCCUGCGACCGCUCAGGGUGAUCAGCAGAGCUCCGGGCCUCAAGUUAGUGGUAGAGACCUUAAUGUCCUCCCUGAAGCCCAUUGGGAAUAUCGUGGUCAUCUGCUGUGCCUUCUUCAUCAUCUUUGGCAUCCUGGGUGUGCAGCUCUUCAAAGGGAAGUUCUUCGUCUGCCAAGGAGAGGACACCAGGAACAUCACCAACAAAUCUGACUGCCUGCUAGCUAAUUACAAGUGGGUCCGACACAAGUACAACUUUGACAACCUGGGCCAGGCUUUGAUGUCCCUCUUCGUUCUGGCCUCCAAGGAUGGCUGGGUUGACAUUAUGUAUGACGGCUUGGAUGCAGUGGGGGUGGAUCAGCAGCCCAUGAUGAACCACAACCCGUGGAUGCUGCUCUACUUCAUCUCCUUCCUGCUCAUCGUGGCCUUCUUCGUCCUCAACAUGUUCGUGGGCGUGGUGGUGGAGAACUUCCACAAGUGCCGGCGGCACCAGGAGGCGGAGGAGGCCAAGCGGCGGGAGGAGAAGCGGCUGAAGCGGAUGGAGAAAAAGAGACGCAAUGUAAUGCUGACGGGUGUAAGUUGGGCCAGCUCAGGAGGCACGCCGACAGAAGCCCAGUGUAAGCCCUACUACUCGGACUACUCGCCAACCCGCCUGUUCAUCCACAAGAUGUGCACCAGUCACUACCUGGACCUCUUCAUCACCGUGGUGAUAGGCCUGAAUGUCAUCACCAUGGCCAUGGAACACUACCGGCAGCCCAAGGUGUUGGAUGAAGCGCUGAAGAUCUGUAACUACAUCUUCACCAUCAUCUUCGUCCUGGAGUCUGUUUUCAAGCUGGUGGCUUUUGGCUUCCGCAGGUUUUUCAAAGACAGGUGGAACCAGCUUGACCUGGCCAUCGUACUCCUGUCCAUAAUGGGCAUCACUCUCGAGGAGAUCGAGGUCAACGCCUCCCUGCCCAUCAACCCAACCAUCAUACGCAUCAUGAGGGUCCUGCGGAUUGCCCGUGUGUUGAAGCUGCUGAAGAUGGCUGUUGGAAUGAGGGCUCUCCUGGAUACAGUGAUACAAGCCCUACCCCAGGUGGGGAAUCUGGGUCUUCUCUUCAUGCUGCUAUUCUUUAUCUUCGCAGCGUUGGGCGUGGAGCUGUUUGGCGACCUGAUAUGUGAUGAACUCCAUCCUUGCGAGGGUCUGGGUCGGUACGCCACCUUCAAGAACUUUGGCAUGGCGUUCCUCCUGCUUUUCAGGGUGUCCACAGGGGACAACUGGAAUGGCAUCAUGAAGGACACACUGCGGGACUGCGCCCAGGACAACGGCCCCUGCUACAACACCGUAGUCUCACCCUUCUAUUUCGUCUCCUUCGUGCUGACUGCGCAGUUCGUGCUGGUCAACGUGGUCAUCGCCGUGCUCAUGAAGCAUUUAGAAGAGAGUAACAAGGAGGCCAAGGAGGAGGCUGAGCUUGAGGCGGAGCUCGAGGCAGAACUGGAGCUGCAAACCAUAGGGGGAGAGGGUGGGGUCAUGGGACCACGCCUCUCCCCCUUGGCAUUGAGUGAUUCUGGUGGGCAUGGGGUGCCACCCUGGAUGUGCGGAGACUUUCAGGAAAGAGCUGGCCCACUGGACAGUCCCAGAGACCUUGCACACAUAAAGGCAGACUCCACCCUGUGCCUUGAGCCUCCUCGUUCGCGGAGGGUCAUGCUUGACUCCGUGUCCCUGGUGAUCCAGGGUUCACUGGAGGGGGAGCUCAGCCUUAUGGACAACCUGUCAGGCUCCAUCUUCCACUGCUACGCCCUGCCCCCCCAGCCCUGCAAGUACUCCACUGAGAAACAGAUCCCUCUAGCGGAGAUGGAAGCUCUGUCUCUGACGUCGGAGAAAUCCUGGUCCUUAGCUCUGACGGACGACUCUGUCCCCGACGAUUUUAACCCCUUCUUACUAACCAGUUUGGAGUGCAAUGCGGAGUCUGUUGGCACUGGGGAGAAGCUGGAGGAGAACAUGCUGAGCGUGAGAAAGGCACUAGUGGGUCGCACCCACUCCCUGCCCAACGACAGCUACAUGUUUCUCCCCAUGCGGGCCACAUUCAACGCAAGCGCGCAUGCCACCCCGAAGAGGGCCCAGUCAGGCUCCAGCGGCUCGGUGCGGUCGCAGCCCCAGGAGCGCUCCCAGCAGCUGGUGGUGCCCUCUGACCUCUUUCGCCCAAUCAGCCCCCACAGCCUCUCCGACUCAGAGAGCAUCCCACGCAUCCCUCCUCCCCGUCGAGGCCACACCUUUGCCCGCACUUUACGCAGACAGGUGGCUGUGAUCAAUGACUCACAGGAGGCACUCUAUACAGAGACAGAGGAGGCUGGCAGAGCACAAGGACUUGGGGGCUUGUCCGUGGCACCUAUAGGCUUCCCUACCCAGCAGAAACAGCAGCACCAGCAGCCCACGGUCCUCCUGGUUCCUGCCACCCCCGGGGCCUCCCCGAGUCCUACCCGCUCCAGCGUGCACACCCAACACACAGUCCACAACCAGCGCAAUGUCUCCAAGACCCCCCCGCCCCCUCGCCUCCCCGUGCCCCCAGCGUGCACCAAGACCGAAGAGAAGACGGAGGAUGACUCUGUGGACCAGGAGGUAUCCCGCAUCAUCCGAGCAGGCUUAGUGAGCAGCGCCGGUGGAGAUGGCGGAGGGAGUCACAGCCCCUACCGGAGGCAGCUGAAGAAGUUCCACAGUGCGGACACACAGGGCCGGCGGGUGCUCCUGGCACGGCCCUCCUCUUGGCUGGACGACCCACGGCGGCACUCUAUCGAGGUGUGCUCCUCGGUGGAGAGCAGCCCCCAACGCAGCCCCCAGCGUAGCUCCGCCUCCUCUGGCUUUGUGUCGCGCGCCAACAGCCUGCAGCAGGCGCCGCCGCUCCUGCCCUCCUCUCCCCGCCGCAAGAAGAAGAUGAGCCCCCCCUGCAUCUCCGUGGAGCCAGCCGAGACGCAGGACACCACGCUGGCCAGCCAGGACACCUGCCUGAGGCGACGGGCGCCCUCCAGCGACUCUAAGGACUCCUUUGACCUCGGGAGUGCGGAUGGAUCGCUCCAAGAUCCCGCUCCCACCCCUAAGCUAUUGACUCUGCCCAGCUUCUCCUCCCAGAAAACGAGCGCCGAGCACUGAGCACUGAAUCGCACACACGAGCGGGAACACACUGACCAUGAUAGUCAUAGUAACAAUACUGUAGAGUAAUAAAGAUGAUAAUAUUUACAGCGGUACCUAUCCAUGAUCAUCGAGUAAUGACCAUCUUUUGUCUGUAUCGGUAAAAUAAAGACAUACAGAAGAAAAAAACUGCUUAAAAGAUGAAAAACAUGACUGUUCCUCUUCCAAGACACUUGCAAAAGUCUGCAGGUGAAUCCCAACACCUCGUUUGGAGAAGUCGGCACAAGGCCCUGCUCGGGGCGCCCUCUGCUGGCUCCUGCUAGGCUGCCAGCUAUGGUACUGUAGGACUCUGGUCAGAACAGGGCCGCUGUGGAGGUACAAAGCAAUAUGAACGUUUUAGAGACACUAUUUUCUUAAAUUAUUUGGUCAUAGUGUUUGUACAGGAUGUAGAUUUUUUUAAUUUCAUUCUAUUUUUAUUUGUUUUUUUGUGAUUUUUUUUUUCUCAACGUUAAAUUGUUGUUUGUUUUAUUUUUUCACCAUAGGAUAUUUUUAGCGUUGUUGAUUUAACAAAGGAAAAAAAAAGAAAAACAUUUUCCAAAGUGCUGAGACCCACGUAUUUGUAGGAAUAAUACAAAAAUUCAAUUAUUAAACUGUUCAUCAAUUUUUAAGCACAAGAGCAAACCAUAGUGCAUUGAACAUUCACAUAAAAUAAAAAUGAAUACAUAAUUUUGCGUUUAGGAAUACAAUCUGUAAUGAGUGGGGAGGACAGACUUGUGGGCAAGCUUCACAGAAAUGUGCGUUUAAAAUUAAAAGUAAGCUACCAAAGAAAGUGAGAUUGUAUGCUGGUGAUGCAAACAAGACCCCAGACAGGACAAGCUAUACUGAGAGUGAUGCUACCAGACCUGUUCACUUAUUACAGAGCAGUGUUCUGGAGACCUUAAACUUUACAUGCGUAACAUUCAACACGAGAAGUGGGCGGAGUUCCCACUUGUGUGCUUAUCUGUGGUGCUGAGUUCAGUUUCAAGUGUCAUUUGUAAAUUAGACGUUCAAAUCUGGUAAUGCCAUUAGCCUUUUGCUAAAGUUUUAAAUUUUUUGUCUGCCUCUUUAAUUUCUCACGACCGCUUAUGUAAGCUCCAUCAGGAAUAUAUGUAUUUUUGCGUUUAGUUUUAAUUCACAUAUAUUUCCCUUGAGUAAGCUGAAAAAAAAAUAAGUUAAAAUCAGAAGUAUGAACAGUUUGGAUAGUAAUUCGAAAGCUUUUAUGUGAAAUAAUUUGCACCAGUAAAAAAAAUGUACUCUUCUAUGUUGUUGAUUUUUUGAGCUUAGAUUAUCCCCCAGAUUUUGAUACAGAUCAGUAUUUAUACUUAAUAUGUAAAAACUUGGCUGGAUAUAGAGAAGUACUGUGCAAAGAGGGGAGCAGAACGGUUUGUCUGUGCCUAGAACACAUUAGUGAUAGUCUGACUAAUGUCUAGCAUACCUAGUUAUUAAAACAUUAAACCGUUUAAAAGAA